AUGAAUAAUUCAAUUGAUCGUCAAGGUAUUCUUGAUAAUUUAACAGCAAUUGAAACAACUGCUAAAUUACUUGUUAAUGCAUUUGUAAAGAAAAAUAAUGAUACAGAAUUAUAUUUAAAUGGAAUACAUCGAGAAGAAUUAGUUACUCAAACAACAACAUUCUUAGCACAAGCACAAAAAUUAAUACUUAAUCUUUCAAAUACAUUUAAUUUAACAACAGAUGAUUUUUUUCAAAAAUCAUCUAAAGAAAAUCUAACAGAAUCAAAUGAACAAUUCACAUCAACAUCAUUCAUAUCGGAUGUAUCACAAAAUAAUGAAGAUGAAAAAACUGAUUCGAAAAGUUCAACAUCUAAAAAAACUUAUUCAUUAUCAUCAGUUACAUUAGAUGACAUUAUUCAAAAUCGAUUAACACCAAAACAUCUUCUACCUAAUUAUCCUCUUCUUCAUGAUUCAAUUCAACCAAAUCUUAUUUCACUUAUUCGUAAUCUUCGUUCAAUAGAAAAUUUCGAUAAUCUUAUGUUUAAAGCUUAUUCAAAAAUUUUUAAUCAAGAAGAACGAAUUUGUUGUAAUUAUAAUGGUAUUAAUGGAAAAUUACCAUAUCCUAGACAUAAACGUCUUUUACUUGAUUUCAUUAUUAAACUUAUAUUUAAUGAACGUAAUAAAAUUCUUGAUGAUAAUCAACGAUAUGAUUUAUAUAUAGAAUGUGAAAAACAUUUUUCAACAGAUACAUCUUUAACAAAAUAUCGUGGAUUAAAUAUUGAUCAUCUUUAUAAAAAUAAUCGUUUCAAUGAUGAAAAACAAUUUAUUUGUUCAAUUUUUCAUCUUAUUAUACCAAAAGAUGAUAUUAAACGUAUUAUUACAGCUAAACAAGAUUUAUCAUCAGAAUGGAAUGAUAAUGAAAUAUGUAUUUAUUAUGCACGUCCAAUUCAUUUAUUAUGGAUAAAACAAAAAUGGCUUGAACGAUAUUCAAUAAAUAAAAAAAAUGAAGCAGAAAAAUGGUCUCAAUGUAUCGAUUGGGCUAUUGAUUCUUUCCUAGAAAAAACAAAAACUCGUCCAUCUAAACGAAAAACAAAAGAUAUAUCAAUGGAUUAUAAACGAACAAAAACUUUAUUAACAUUUGAAGAAAAAUAUAAACAACUCGAUCGAACUAAAUAUAAUGUAUUAGAAUAUGCAACUCAAUUUCUUCAUCUUAUAUCAGAUGAAAAUAAUAAAAAUUUACCGACACUUAAACAAUUACAAUUACUUGAACAUGAUAUAUUUCAUUUUUAUUGGACAUCAAAUAAGCAAAAAACAUGGUCUGAUAUUAUUGAUAUUAUUAGUAAAAUUUUUUUAAAUGAAUUAAAUGAUAAUUUUCUAUAUAUUUAUUCAAAAGAUUUAUUAGAAAUGAAUAAUAAUGAUCAAUAUGAAAUUGAACGAUUAUUACAAAUAAAAUUAUAA